AUGUCUUGGAAAAGGAAUUACUUUUCUGUAGGACGGGGAAGCGUCCAGGGGAUGUUUGCCCCCCGGAGCACAACUUCCAUAGCUCCUAGUAAAGGUCUCAGCAAUGAACCUGGACAGAAUAGCUGCUUCCUCAAUAGUGCCCUGCAGGUUCUAUGGCACUUGGACAUCUUCCGUCGUAGCUUUAGACAACUUACUACACACAAGUGCAUGGGGGACUCCUGCAUCUUUUGUGCUCUCAAAGGAAUCUUCAACCAGUUUCAAUGUAGCAGUGAAAAAGUUCUUCCUUCUGAUACACUCCGAAGUGCUUUGGCAAAGACUUUUCAGGAUGAGCAGCGCUUCCAGCUAGGUAUUAUGGAUGAUGCUGCUGAAUGUUUUGAGAACCUGCUGAUGAGGAUUCACUUCCAUAUCGCAGAUGAAACCAGAGAAGACAUUUGCACUGCUGCUCAUUGCAUCUCUCACCAGAAAUUUGCAAUGACUUUGUUUGAGCAGUGUGUAUGUACUAGCUGUGGUGCCACCUCUGACCCACUGCCUUUUAUCCAGAUGGUACAUUACAUCUCUACCACGUCCCUUUGCAACCAGGCAAUUUGUAUGUUGGAGAGACGAGAGAAACCUUCCCCAGGCAUGUUUGGUGAACUGCUACAGAAAGCCAGCACCAUGGGUGAUCUUCGGAACUGUCCAAGUAAUUGCGGAGAGAAGAUUCGGAUUCGCCGUGUACUAAUGAAUGCCCCACAGAUUAUCACCAUUGGGCUGGUGUGGGACUCAGACCAUUCAGACCUGGCAGAGGAUGUCAUCCACAGCCUGGGUACUUGCCUCAAACUCGGGGAUUUGUUUUUCAGAGUGACAGAUGACCGAGCUAAGCAGUCUGAACUGUAUUUAGUGGGAAUGAUCUGUUACUAUGGCAAACAUUAUUCUACCUUCUUUUUCCAAACAAAGAUCCGCAAAUGGAUGUAUUUUGAUGAUGCCCAUGUCAAAGAGAUUGGGCCCAAGUGGAAAGACGUGGUAACUAAAUGCAUCAAGGGACAUUAUCAGCCUUUGCUAUUGCUUUAUGCUGACCCCCAGGGUACCCCAGUGUCUACCCAGGAUUUACCUCCUCAGAUGGAGCCUCAGUCAUACAGCAGGACAUGCUAUGAUAGUGAAGACUCGGGGAGGGAGCCUUCCAUCUCCAGUGAUACUCGAACAGAUUCAUCGACAGACAGCUAUCCCUGCAAACAUUCCCACCAUGAGUCUGUGGUCAGUCACUUCUCAUCUGAUUCGCAGGGGACAGUUAUCUACAAUGUGGAGAAUGACUCUCUAUCUCAGAGCAGUCGGGACACAGGGCAUCUGACAGACAGUGAAUGUAACCAAAAGCAUAUAACCAAAAAGGGUUCAUUGACAGAACGUAAGAGGAACUCUGGUCGGACCAGGAGAAAAGGGGAUGAGCCACAGUCCUCUGGGUACCACAGUGAAGGAGAAACCCUAAAGGAGAAGCAAGCCCCCAGGAGUGCCCCCAAGCCAUCUAGCAGUACCAACCGCCUAAAGGAUUUUAAAGAAACAGUUAGCAAUAUCAUCCAUAGUAGACCAUCUCUGACUUCCCAAACCAACCAAGGAUCUCCUUGUGUGGGGAAAGGAGACCAAACUGAAAAACGACCCCCUCGGAGCCUGCCCUUGCACUGUCAGGACUGGGAAGUAGAAAGCACCAGCAGUGAGUCUAAAUCCAGUUCCUCCAGCAAGUAUCGUCCAACAUGGCGACCAAAACGUGAGUCUCUGAAUAUUGACAGCAUCUUCAGUAAGGACAAAAGGAAGCAUUCUUGCGGCUAUACCCAACUCAGUCCUUUCUCUGAGGACCCAGCUAAAGAGUUUUCAUCAAAUGAAGUGAACAAACCAACUACAUAUGACCCCAAAGCCAGUGAACCAAAGCUAAGGCACAAGAACUGGGGCCUACCCCGUCCUGGCAUUCACAUUAUGGAUCAACAUCCUCGACUAAUCCAGAGAAUGGAAUCUGGCUAUGAGAGCAGUGAGAGAAACAGUAACAGCCCUGUCAGUCUGGAUGCAACUCUGUCAGAGAGCUCUGGAACCUACAGGGAUACAAAUUUGAAGAGAACACCUGGGUUGAUCCCUACCUGGCAUCAGAUCCCAAAGUCACACAGCAGCAGCAGCAUCAUGGAGGCAGAAUCAGUCUCAUCCAAAAGUAGUUGGACAAGGAACCAGCCCCACCCAUGGAAGGACAAGACCUCCAAAAGUGAGCUGGAUGAACUCCAGGAAGAAGUGACUCGGAGGGCCCAUGAACAGGAACUUCGAAGAAAGCAGGAGAAGGAAUUGGAGGCAGCUCGAGGGUUCAACCCCCACCCCAGCCGCUUCAUGGACCUGGAUGAACUUCAGCAUCAGGGGAGGCGUGACCGCUCUGAGAGGUCCACCCAUGAGGCUGACUUGGUGUUGGAGGAGGCACUGCGUCGUGAGCAGAGAGGGGACUGUGCUGCAGCUUUGGCUCUCUGUAACGAAGCAAUUUCUAAACUAAGACUUGCCCUGCAUGGUGCCAGCUCUAGCACGCACAGCAGAACCCUAGUUGAUAAGAAGUUACAAAUCUGUAUCCGAAAAGCACGGAGCCUCCAGGAUCGCAUGCAGCAACAGCAACUGCCGCCGCCGCCAACACCACCACCACCACCACCACCACCACCACCGCCGUCGUUGGGGGGCUCUCUCCCUCAGCCAACAAGUGAACAGUCUCUCCCGCUCCAAGUUCUGUUGAGUCAGGAGGCACGACUGGAACCCAGCAAGGACACCGAGUUUGGGACCAGUUCUUUCUUCCCCUCCUCUACUUCCUGCCAUGAAUCACACUCAUUACUGUCUUCAGAGUCACCCUCCCCACCUACCCUACUGCCCAGUUCCCCUAGUAGGUCUUUUCCCAACCUCUUGACUUCCUCUGCUAAUGUGGAUGGCCAUGCUUUCUCAGCUUUCUGCAGGCAAGGUUUAUCCCACAAGCUGAGGAAGACUGAAAAGGGUUCUCCCCAAGGUAGGGAACCUGCAGGAAUCCCAGCAGAGGGGCCACUGGGCUAUCAUGGUGGUAGCAGGACUCCCACUCAGGAAGGGAGAAAUGCUGACCAGCAGCAAUUCCAAGAGAAAAAUGACCCUGCAGUUUUGCCUGCCCUGAUCCUUCCCUGGUCACAUUUGGCUUCCAUGCCCUCCCCUGACAGGGGAGAUUCUCACAGUCCCAGCUAUAAUCCUUCAAGUUGUUCAACUUGGUCCAGCCUUCCUCUACAUGGGGCCUGUCACCCCAAAGAACCUACAGCUUCCUCACAUUUGCUUCAUUUUCCUCCAGAUUCUGUACAGAAAAUUAACAAGUGUCCCCAAAGCAACAGCCAUGAAACUUUAUUUGUUUCACAAGGGGAGCAGGGCACCGGAGAGGGUUUGAAGUCAGAAGUCCCCAGCACAAAGGGGCUUAUUCACUCCCUGGCAGAACAGUUCCAAAGAAUGCAUGGGGUUUCCCCAAAGGAUCAUACUUGUGAGAGAACCUGGGUAGCUGCAGGUUCCCAAGACAGGAAACCGACAACUAGAUUGAGAAAGGAGUCACCCCCCUCAAACUCCAGGUUACACAGGAAUGGUCACUGUUCUUGGGAAAAACAGCAUAAAUCUUUGGAUAAAAGGGAUAGGCAAACUUCCUGGGAAGUGCCCUCUAGUUGCCAUGCUCUUUCAGUAAACCCUUCCCCACACAACAGUGAUGCUCCCUGGGGACUGGGAUUAAAUGUGGCAGAAUCAGUAACGUUCCCAGGGAAGCCCUCACAGAUGGAAGAUAUUAGGCCAAAGGAGGUAGGCAGUAGUGAUGACUUAAUGACUUCCCUGCCCAUGGACCAUUGGGUAGACAAUAUUAGGCUCUCUGGCUCUCCUCGUGAUCAUGAAAAUGGUCCAUGGAUUCAUGGGCCUGGGAGGAACCCCUCCCCUCAAGAUCCCUGCAUUGGUCUCAUCCAUCCUGGGAGAAGCCAUAUGCAUCUGCACCCACACUGGAACAAGGACACAGAGCAGGAGGCCUCAGAAUUGGAGUCUUUGUACCAGGCCAGUCUGCAGGCAUCUCAGGCUGGCCAGCCUGGGUCAGGGAGGCAUCCACUUACUCAUCCAGGCUCCACAAAUAUUGUAGGGAGGAGACUACACUCGGCCCCUGGCUUUGAUCUCUCACAGAUACCAACAGUAGAAGUGGAACAUAGUCUCCACGGGGCAAGCCUAGUAUCUGCCUCUCAGGUUACGUCUUGCCGAAAUUCUAUGAAGGAGGAAGAAGGAGAGCUGUACACUGCAGAGAAUUUCCGACGCAUUUCACGCAGUCUCAGUGGCACCGUUGUCUUGGGCAGGGAGGAAACCCCUGUGUCUUCCCAUAGUUUUGAAACUUCAAACGUGAGGAAAAAGCCUUUGGAAACCAGGCACCGUUGUUCCAGCUCCUCUUCCCUCUCUGUCAUCCAUGACCCUCCUGUGUUCCUCCCUAAUCCCCAGAUCCUCCCUCCCCAGCCACAGCUCCUGCCCCUUGAUGUCCUGAUGCCCACCAUGGCAGGGGAGCCCCAUAGACCCCCAGGAACUUCAAGGAGUAUCCAGAAGCUUCUGGUUAUGUGUGACAGGGGUGAAGCUUCCCGAGGGGCCAAAUACACAGGAAGGACCCUGAACUACAAGAGCCUCCCACACCCUUCAAGAGUUGAUUCUUCCUGGAGCCUAAUGCCAGAGACCAACCAGCAUUCUGAGGCCAGACCCUUAAUCACCUCAGGGCUCUGGCCACAGCUGAGCCAUACUGCCACACUGUCAGACAGAAGCCAAGGACUCCAGGGUCCACAUGCCCAGUCGUGGGGAAGACUCUCUAAUUCACGUUCACAUUCUCCUAAUGCCUACCAUCCUUCAUCACUGCCCAACACUCUUUCGAUGCCCCUGGAGACAUCCCAGAAUUCUAGCCUUGUACCUAGUUCCUCUAGGGGGCUUGGACCCAGAAGAGUGGACAUACCUCCUGAUGAUGAUUGGAGGAAGAGCACUUACACCUCUCAAUCUGGACAUAGGAGAACAGGAGGAAAUGGGCCUCUCUUUGCCACUUCAGAUGUCCAUCGAAGGGGGCUGACCUGGGCUGCAGCCCCACAGCAUAGUGGGUGGUGAGGGGCUCUUCUUGGCUUAUUCUUUUCUCUCACAUGAAUGUGCCAUGUCAGAGUGGAAUCCAACAUCACUGUCAUUGCUGUGCUGGGAUCAUUUCAGUUUAGACUUCUGUGUCCUCAGUGGUUCUGGAAUCUCAAGGGAUACUUGGCUGAUGAAAUCCCAGCUUAAAUUUUCCUUGAAAAAUUGGGCAGCUAUUUUAGGAUGGGGUGCUGCCAAAGGGUAAUUUUGAUUUAAUUGUAGCCUUAGAAUCACUCAGAAUUCCAAAGGUCAACUCAUGAAACAUCACUGUUUGGCAUCUCAAGACCAUCUGUUUGGUUCUGUCCCCAAAUCCCUGUUCCCUGUUGCAGUCCUCUCCCCCACCUAUGUUCUCUUUUUGGUUAUGUAGACUCCUCGUCCUCUUUCCCACCCACAAUCCUCUUGUUCCCCUUACCUCCUUUCCUCACUCCCUCCAACAAAUUCCCCUGAACACGUGUGGUUGUGUAGUCUCUAACCUUGUCUUGUGUCUGGCCAAGACCUGAAGGGAGCCUGCCUGGUCAAGGAGCCUAACCUCUGAGACUCCCUCUGACCGACAUGUGCAUACUCACCCCUCAUACUCUCACACUUAAGAAUAUGGGGGGAGCUGUCAGCACAUACACUUAGACUCUUCCCUUCCCUACAAACAUACUAACCGAGUCAAGCACACUAAUCCAGUUUCCCAGCAGCAGAUCCAUUACUGCCACUCACUCAAUUGCCAUUGUAAACACUCAGAGUAAGUUGAAGUAUUUUAGGGCCAAACAUAACUGUUUUUGUAAAGUAUUUUUGAAAUAAA